UGUUGUUUCUCUCUUCUAGAUGUUCCAAUGAGGUUGGAAGAGUCUACAAUUGGAUUUGGAGACCCUUGCUGCAAUAAUGGUUUGGACCGUCUCGGUUUGUUGUUGAAGCAAAAGUUGCCCUCUGUAUUUUGGAAAGUCGCUGAAAUGAUAGUACCGCAGUUAGAGAACAUCCGUGAGACAAAAUGGAAACAUUAUCACGCAAUUCGGCUUGUCGGAUAUUUAUGCAUGGAACUUGAAUUUGGACCAAUAAGCACCUUAGCUGAAGAUGUAAUGCAAAACGCACUAAUAACUGCAGCAACAUCUGGAAUUCCUGAAAUUGUUAGCAAGAUCAUUUUAAGAUUCCCUAAAGAAAUUCAUUAUAAAAACAACGAGGGGCAAAACUUAUUUCAUAUUACGAUUUUGAACCGUCGGAGAAACGUAUUCAAACUCAUUUGUCAACUUUGUCACAAGAUUGAUCUGCGUACUAUUUUAUCGUCACCGAAUUCAUCAGACAAGACUUGUCUAGAUAUGGUUGCAUGUUUGAAUAGUGAGCAAAAACUCAACCUCAAAACUCAGGCAGCAGGUGCAGCUCUACAAAUGCAACUCGAAUUGCAGUGGUUUCAGGAAGUAAAAAAAUUAUCAAUUUUAUAUGGGAGCAAGCGGGCAGGCAAGUCACAUGAAAUGAUAUUUUCUGAGACACACGAGGACUUGCUGAAAGAAGGAGAGAAAUGGCUAAAAGCAAAGGCUAACUCAUGCACAAUUGUAGCAACUCUAAUUGUCACCAUAGUAUUUGCUGCUGCCAUUACAGUGCCAGGUGGAAAUGAUAGCAAUAGCGGUCAUCCAAUUUUCUCUAGAAAUAAAGCAUUCAUACUCUUUAUUAUAUCUGAUGCGCUUGCUCUAUAUUCAUCUACUUCCUCUCUAUUGCUAUUUUUGUCGAUUCUCACUUCACGUUAUGCUGAAAUUGAUUUUCUCCAUACCUUGCCAAAAAGAUUAAUUUUUGGGCUCGUAACACUACUCUUUUCCAUAGUAUCUAUGAUGACAGCAUUUGGAGCCACACUCUUUGUUGUUUUUGGACACAAAAAAGCAUGGAUUCUUGGUCCUAUAAGCGUAUUUUCUAUCGUACCCGUGAUUUCGUUUGUGUCCUCACAAUUUCCUCUACUUCGGGAUAUGAUCAAAUCUACCUAUGGUGGUGGCAUUUUUGGCAAACUAAAUGAUGGUUUGCUCUUCUCCUAGAUCAAGUAGACAGAGGAAAUAGUUUAUUUUUAUCUCAUUUAUUAGUAUAUAUGCAUAAUAAGGUCCUGUUGUCAUAACAUUGUUGUAGACAAUCGUUGAAUAUUUGAUUUGGCAUUUCUUGUAUACUAUAACAAUCGUGGAAUAUGACAAGGAUUUAAGACUAUUUGAUUU